CCCCUUCUUGCUUACAUCAGUGGAAACCUAAUCUUCAAUAUACCCUGAAGCCCUCUCUUUCUCGAUCAAUAUGCAGAUCUUCGUGAAAACCCUCACCGGCAAGACCAUCACUCUCGAGGUCGAGAGCUCCGAUACGAUCGACAACGUCAAGGCUAAGAUCCAGGACAAGGAAGGGAUCCCGCCGGACCAGCAGCGCUUGAUCUUCGCCGGGAAGCAGCUUGAGGACGGCCGGACAUUGGCCGACUACAACAUCCAGAAGGAGUCCACCCUGCACCUCGUCCUCCGGCUGAGGGGAGGGAUGCAGAUCUUCGUCAAGACCUUGACCGGCAAGACGAUCACUCUCGAAGUCGAGAGUUCGGACACGAUCGACAACGUCAAGGCCAAGAUCCAAGAUAAGGAAGGCAUCCCCCCGGACCAGCAGAGGCUGAUCUUCGCCGGGAAGCAGUUGGAGGACGGCCGCACCCUAGCCGAUUACAACAUCCAGAAGGAGUCGACUCUCCACCUCGUCCUCCGUCUCCGCGGCGGUAUGCAGAUCUUCGUGAAGACUCUUACUGGCAAGACGAUCACGUUGGAGGUCGAGAGCUCCGACACGAUCGACAACGUGAAGGCCAAGAUCCAAGAUAAGGAAGGCAUCCCGCCGGACCAGCAGAGGCUGAUCUUCGCUGGGAAGCAGUUGGAGGACGGCCGCACCCUAGCCGAUUACAACAUUCAGAAGGAGUCGACGCUCCACCUCGUUCUCCGUCUCCGUGGUGGUAUGCAGAUCUUCGUGAAGACUCUAACCGGCAAGACGAUCACGUUGGAGGUCGAGAGCUCUGACACGAUUGACAACGUGAAGGCCAAGAUUCAAGAUAAGGAGGGUAUUCCUCCGGAUCAGCAGCGGCUGAUCUUUGCCGGAAAGCAGCUCGAUGAUGGCAGGACCCUGGCGGAUUAUAAUAUCCAGAAGGAGUCGACCCUGCAUUUGGUGCUGAGGCUCAGAGGAGGGAUGCAGAUAUUCGUCAAGACCCUGACAGGGAAAACUAUUACGCUCGAGGUGGAGAGCUCAGACACCAUCGACAACGUGAAGGCAAAGAUUCAGGACAAGGAGGGGAUCCCGCCUGACCAGCAAAGGCUCAUCUUUGCAGGAAAGCAGCUUGAAGACGGGCGCACCCUCGCUGAUUACAAUAUCCAGAAAGAGUCCACCCUUCACCUUGUUCUCAGGCUCCGUGGUGGUGAAAUCUGAGGAGACAGUUGCAUUGUGUCCGGGUUGUUCUGUAGGUCAUCGUUGUGUAAAUUGUCUUAGUUACUAGGUCGUCUUUGUUGAUCCUUCUAUGCAGUGCCCCGGUGAAGUGCACUGCUAGAACAAGUUCUUUGAAGUAUGUUUGGUGGGUUUGAUAUUUGCAAUGAAUAAGUGUUAGUUCCAUCCAAGAAAAUUCAUCUCUA